CCACAUUAAAAUAUCUAGCUAGGAUUAGCUAUCCAGAGCAAGAAGUUAUGUUGUUCUUAUUGCAUCUUCCAUUUUACUCUCUCCUCCCAUUGUUCUUCUCCAUAUUCUUCCUUUUAAAAUGGUUGUCCACUUCAAAAACCCAAAAAAAUCUACCUCCUUCUCCACCAAAACUCCCAAUUAUCGGAAACCUCCACCAACUUGGUGUGUUCCCUCAUCGUUCCCUCCAACCAUUAGCUCAACAAUAUGGCCCAAUCAUGCUGCUUCACUUUGGGGGCAAGCCAGUUGUCAUCGCCUCCUCUGUUGAUGCAGCUCACGAGAUCAUGAAAACCCAUGAUCUCAUCUUCUCGAAUAGACCUAAAUCAAUGUCAAGCAUUGGCAAAAGAGUUUUCUAUGAUAAGGACAUCAUAUUCACUUCUUAUGGAGAGUACUGGAGGCAAGUAAAAAGCAUCUGUGUGCUCAACCUUCUGAGUAAUAGGCGAGUUAAGUCUUUCGGUAGAGUGAGAGAAGAAGAAACAGCUCUUUUGAUCCAGAAGAUCAAACGGGCUUCCUCAUCUUCUUCUUCUUCAUUGGUGAAUUUGAGUGAAAUGUUUUCUUCACUUACGAAUGAUGUGGUGUGUCGGAUAGUCUUGGGGAGGAAGUACAGUGACAGCUCAAAAAGUGGUAGAAAAUUUAAGGAGCUUAUGGGGGAUAUCGGGGAACUAGCGGGUGCUUUCAAUGUGGGGGACUACAUUCCUUGGCUUUGGUGGUUGAAUAAAAUUAGGGGUAUUGAUGCUAAAGUGGAGAAAGUUGGUGAAGAGCUCGAUGAAUUCUUGGAGGUUGUGAUUGAAGAUCAUGUGGAUAAGAAGAAAAAAGAGAGCAAUGGUGGUGGAAGUGUUGAUCAAGCUAAAACACAACAGGACUUCGUGGAUGUUUUGCUCGAAAUUCAAACACAGAACACGGAUGACUUCUCUUUUGACAGAGACACCAUCAAAGCACUCAUCUUGGAUAUGUUUGCUGCUGGAACUGAUACUACAUCCACUGCUCUAGAGUGGACAAUGACAGAGCUCUUGAGACAUCCAAAAGUCAUGAAAGAGCUACAAAAUGAGGUGCAAGGAAUAGCUAGAGGCAAGCCUGAAAUAACCGAGGAUGAUCUAGAGAAAAUGCAAUACUUGAAAGCAGUGAUCAAAGAGUCUUUGCGAUUACAUCCUCCAGUGCCAUUACUAAUUCCGAGGGAAUUAGCCCAAGAUGUCAAAGUAAUGGGCUACGACAUUGCAGCUGGCACACAAGUGUUAAUCAAUUUUUCGGCAAUUGGGAGAGACCCAUUGUUGUGGGAAGAAGCUGAAGAUUUCCGGCCAGAGAGGUUCUUGAAUGCUUCAAUAGAUCUCAAAGGGCAUGACUUCAAGUUCAUUCCAUUUGGAGCUGGCCGGAGGGGUUGUCCGGGUAUCCAAUUUGCCACAGCUGUCUAUGAGCUUGCAUUAGCAAAUAUUGUUAGUAAGUUUGAUUUUGCAUCGCCGGGUGGGACACGAGAAGAGGAUUUUGACAUAACCGAAGCUCCUGGUAUAACCAUCCGCAAAAAAUUUCCUCUACUUGCUGUUGCAACUCCAUGUUCUCUUGAUUAGUAAUUUAGUGUGCUUGCCGAAUAAAUGGUUUGAAAUUGCACUCGGUAAACCUUUAUGACGUGUAGAAAAAAUAAGUGCUUAAAUAAACAAUUAGGAAAAAAAAAAAAUAAAUUUACAAUAUUUUAUUUUAUUUUAUAAAUAAUGCAAGAAUUAGAACAUAAAUAAAGGUCAUUCUGCCCUCACAAGAUUUACAUUGCUCGUGACACAUGUCCCUCGGUGUAGGGACGAAGCAGUAUAGG